AUGGCAGCGAGUGGCAGCUUCCCAAACGUCGUUAGUCCCGCCAUCUCGCUCGCACUGUACACUGGUCUCGCCAGAAUGACCGGGGAAGUUACUCUUGAUGCAGACCUUGUGUUCACAUCUUUUGCUCUGAUCCAAAUGGUGACCCUCCCAGCAAAUUCAAUCAUGUUUAUUCUUCCAGAGUUUAUAUCGGCCGUGAUCGGAUUCGAUAGGAUUCAAAGAUUCCUUCUUCAGUCCGACCACCAAGACAGUCGCAAGAUUCCCGAAGGCCAGGUUGAACACUUCCUAGCCUACAUCUACCCUGACCAGCAUCAGCACCGUGAUAUUAUUGUAGGGCCUCUGUACCCGGAAGAUGGUUACGCCAUCGUGGUCAACUUUGCAACAGUUCGAUACAAUACUGACGACCAACCCGUGCUGAGAAACAUUAAUCUGAAAAUACAAACCGGUUGGCUUGUGCUUGUUGCGGGUUUGACGGGAUCGGGAAAGACAACUCUCGCCAAAACAAUUCUGGGGGAUGUAAAGCUCCAGAGCGGAUCCGUAUCAACCUCUGCUGACAACGUAGCUUUCUGUGCACAAUCUCCAUGGUUGAGAGAUGGCACAAUCAGAGAUAUCAUAGCUGGACCCCCGGGAUCCAGGGUGACUGACGAAGACUGGUACCGGAGAGUUCUCUAUGCCUGUGACGUGGAUUUCGAUCUCCUUCAACUCCCAAAUAAAGAUGAGACUCUGGUAGGAGGCGAGGGUAACUUUCUUUCUGGAGCCCAGAUGCAACAAUUGGCGCUAGCUCGAGCAGUAUACUCCCGACUAGAUAUUCUCAUUCUAGAUGAUGUAUUCAGAUCCCUGGACACAGAGACUUCAUCUCGUGUGAUGCAACGGCUAUUUGGGCCGGCUGGCCUACUUCGUGAGCUCAACAAGACAGUUUUUUUGAUCACCGAUUCAAGGAACCUUCUUCAGCACUCGGAUCUAAUAGUUAUUCUCGGCCCAAACGGGUCCAUAUGUGCGCAAGGGAAUUGGAACGAGCCCGAAGUUCAGGCGUGUUACAACAAUUUGAAUCUCCAAAGACAAAUGGGAUUAUUAGAUGAGCACAGCAAGGAUCCUCCACAGAUGAAUAUCCCCCGCCGGGAUUGGGCGACCCCUGGACAGUCAUUCGAUGUUUUACAAAACCCCACAGGCAAUACUGCCCACACAGAAUACGUUUCUGCAAUUGGAAGGUGGCGAUCCCUGGUCACUAUAGUCAUCUUCCUCUCCUCCGCAGCUUUUGCCAUGCUCGUUCAGAACUGGCUUUGGCUAUGGACAGAUGACGAGGAACCCGACAAGCGGGCCACUUUCUACAUCGGGGUCUAUUUUGCACUAGGAAUCGGGCAUUGGGCAUCAUUGACGGGAAUUGGGACCGUCGAAUUUCUUGUUGUUCCUACAUCAAGUCGCGCUCUGCACGAUCAACUGCUUUCGACUGUCAUAAAGGCCCCCUUAUCUCUCAUAGAUUCUAUCACCAUCGAGACCUUGCUCUCGAGAUUUAGUCAUGAUAUGCGGCAACUCGAUCGUAAAUUACCCCGUGAGAUCACCGCACUAGGAGGUCAGACGUUCAAACUCCUGGGUCAGAUCAUGUUACUCUGCAUGGCACACACAUACAAUCUCAUAGCACUCCCCGUUCUUUUGAUGUUUUUGUACAUUAUCCAACGGAUAUAUCUUACGGCUAGUCGACAGAAUAGGAGGCUUUGCAUGGAAGUGAGUUCCCUUCCGAAAGACAGCUUUGUGGAAACUGCUAGGGGAAUAUCCACAAUCCGUGCAUUUGGUUGGGAAGACGCCUACGCUCUCCAUAAUAGUACGGAUUUGGAUGCUGCACAACUACCGUCAUACACACUGCAUGCCCUUGACCACUGGCUCGGAUUGGUCAUCGAUUUGAUCGUCGCCGGGUUGGCACUAGUCAAUGUUGCUAUUAUAGUCACGUUUACAGGUAGCAUAACAGUCGGUGAUGUUGGCAUCAGUAUGAACGUGAUACUGGUGUUGAAUAUGGUCUUGAUGAUCACAGUGCAGUCAUGGACAAAUUUCAGUACAUCGUUGGGCGUCAUUUCCCGCAUCAGGCACCUUGAAAUGACGGUAGCCCCCGAGUCUCAACCCACACAAGAACAUGCCAUACCUCGAUCAUGGCCUUCCUGUGGCGAAAUAACUCUGAACAACGUUGUUUCAGAUUCCCAUAGUGCGGGCGAAGGAACAUCUGCAUCGGACCACGCCCUCACAGGCAUCACUUUCAAUGUUUCACCUGGCCACAAAAUUGCCGUCUGCGGACCGACUGGUAGUGGCAAAUCAUCUCUGCUCCUCGCCAUCUUACGGAUGAUUGACCUAUCCGAGGGCACCAUCCUCAUUGACGGCUUAGAUCUGAGCUCAAUAUCACGAGAUCUGAUAAGAUCCCGAAUAAUAACAAUCCCGCAGGAAUCAUUUAUCAUCCCAGGCGAUUCUAUUCGCAGGAACCUGGAUGUUGAGGGAAUUGCCACAGACAAGAAGAUUGCCGCAACUCUGAAAACAGUCCACCUGUGGUCAAGCCUAGAGUUCAGUGCCAGAGAUGCUGGGCUAUUGCCAACCUUUUAUCUCGACUUACCGAUGAAAGCCUUGACAUUGUCGCAAGACCAGUUGCAACUUUUUUUGCUCGCCCGCGCUCUCUUGCUUCGCUCGUCCCGUGGGAAAGUUGUUCUAUUCGAGGAAUCUACCACUAGUGUCGACAAGGAGACUGGCGGUAUUUUUCAACAAGUGAUCCACGAGGAGUUCCGAGGCUAUACCAUAAUAGUGGUGGCCCACCAAAUGAAGAGUAUCGUGGAUAGUGAUUAUAUUAUUGUGAUGGACAAAGGACGGAUUGUGGAAUCCGGGUCAUUGAAUGCGUUGCAGCAGAAUGAGGGAAUUCUGAAAUCCCUCUUGGAUUCAACCGUGCUGUAG